UCUCAGGUGAAGUGAAGAUCGUACCCUUUGAGGGCUCCCAAGAAAGCCGCGCGUUUUCAGGUGGCAGGGGCGGGAUGUGCAUGAGGGCGAGCGUGCGUGGAACGUGUUGACAAAUAGCAGAGUGCCCGCCCGCCCGCCUGCUGGGAUAGGACUGCCGGAGCAAGGAUUAUGAGCCACGGUAGGAGCGAGCGGACGCGGCUGCUGACCAGAGGCGGGGAGCGAGGUUCAGGAGGCGCUGGGCUCACUCUCCAACACCCACCGGAGCAAGCCCGAGCAAAGCAAAGCAGCAGUUCAGCUGAAAGAGGACAUGAAAAAGAUAGUGGCAGUGCCACUAAAUGAGCAGAAUUCUACCUAUAAAAAGUUAUUUGGAGUCAGUCUCCAAGACCUUCAAGAGCAGGGGCUCACUAAGAAUGGCAUUCCAAUUAUCGUGGAGAAUAUAGUGGAAUACUUGACAAAGCACGGACUCACCCAGGAAGGCCUUUUUAGGGUGAAUGGCAAUGUGAAGGUGGUGGAGCAACUUCGAUUGAAGUUUGAGAGUGGAGUGCCUGUGGAGCUCGGGAAAGACGGCGACGUCUGCUCGGCAGCCAGUCUGUUAAAACUCUUCCUGAGGGAGCUGCCGGAGAGUGUGAUCACCUCGGCAUUACAUCCUCGAUUCAUCCAGCUCUCACAGGAUGACAGAAAUGAUGCUCAGGAGAGUAGUUUAAGAGACUUAAUACAAGAACUUCCAGACACCCACUACUGCCUUCUCAAGUACCUAUGCCGGUUCUUGACAAAAGUAGCCAAGAACCAUGUGCAGAAUCGCAUGAAUGUUCACAAUCUCGCCACUGUAUUUGGGCCAAAUUGCUUUCAUGUGCCACCUGGACUUGAAGGCAUGAAAGAACAAGACCUCUGCAACAAGAUAAUGGCUAAAAUACUAGAAAAUUAUAAUGCCCUAUUUGAAGUAGAUUAUAAAGAAAAUGAUAAUCAAAGGUGCGAAAGCCUGGUGAGGAUUAUCAUAGUAAAAGAAGCCCAUUGUAAGAACUCCUUACCCAUCUUUCUAACAAAAGACUUAGAAAGAAACAUGCAAAACCCAUCUCCAAAAACCAAGAUCCCAAAGUCCAGGAGUGAGGGAUCUAGUCAGGCCCUCAGGAUACCACAACCAGAACUAUCUGAUAGCAUUCCUCAGGUCAGCCUGCGGCUGAGUCAUAGAAAACCCUGCUGGGAGGACAUGAAUUCAGCAGAAGAUGCUAGUUGUGCAAAGUUCGUGUCCAGUGCCCACGUAUCCCAAGUCAGCAAUGUUUCGACAACUGGAGAGCUCUUGGAAAGAACCAUCCGUUCAGCUGUAGAACAGCAUCUCUUUGAUGUUAAUUGUUCUGGAGGCCCAAGUUCAGAGGACUCAGAAUCUGGAGCACCAUCAGCAUCUUCUACAUCUACCAGACACCGACGACACCAAUCCAAAGAGCAGAGUGAAGUUCGACAUGGCAGAGAUGUGGGAUUUAUCAACAAAGAAAAUAUUCCUUAUGGGGUCAGCAACCUUGAUGACUGUAUUUUGAAUGCUCAGGAAGUGGAAAAUUUACAUGAAAAUCCUUCUGAUUAUAUUGAAGAAAGGGGCAAACCUAAACGACAGAAAUCAAGUUCCAAACAUUCUGAGCUGAAUGAAAUUCAAGAUGGUCAUGUGAAUAUGGAAAUUCUCCAUUCCACAGCAUCCCAGGCGAGGACUGGGCCUGAUAAUGAUGAACUGCUGCCUGACGGAAGUGUUUGUAGCAAAGAAAAUGAGAAAGACGGCCAACAUAUCCAGCAUUUUGAGAACCCCACGAUGAAGAUUCAGGAGCAUCCCAGCAUACCUGACACCAAACUGCAAAGGACUCAAGAUGCCGGGGACCAGCAGGAGAGCUUUGCCUCUGAAGUGCCUGAGCUGGACCUGACUGCGUUGUGUGAUGAGAAGAGCUGGGAAGAGCCCAUCCCUGCUUUCUCUUCGUGGCAGCAGGAGAACAGGGACUCUAAUGAAGCACACCUCUCACCGCAGGCAGGGCGCCUGAUUCACCAGCUCCUGGAUGAGGGCAGUGACCCCAUGCUCUCUCCUCGGUUCUAUGCUUGUGGGCAGAGUCGGCAAUACCUGGAUGACACAGAAGUGCCUCCUUCUCCCCCAGAUUCCCAUUCUUUCAUGAGGCGGCGGAGCUCCUCUCUGGGGUCCUACGAUGGCGAGCAGGAGGAUCUGACUCCUGCCCAACUCACACGGAGGAUUCAGAGCCUUAAAAAGAAGAUCCGAAAGUUUGAAGACAGGUUUGAAGAAGAGAGGAAAUACAGACCUUCACACAGUGACAAAGCAGCCAAUCCAGAGGUUCUGAAAUGGACAAAUGACCUUGCCAAAUUCCGGAAACAACUGAAAGAGUCAAAACUAAAGAUAUCCGAGGAGGACCUAGCCCCCAGAAUGCGGCAGCGAAGUAACACACUUCCCAAGAGUUUUGGCUCCCAACUUGAGAAAGAAGAUGAGAAGAAACAAGAGCUGGCAGAUAAAGCGCUAAAGCCCAGCGUUGAAGCCACACUAGAGUCCAUCCAGAGGAAGCUCCAGGAGAAGCGGGCAGAAAGCAGCCGGCCUGAGGACAUUAAGGACAUGACCAAAGAACAGAUUGCCAGUGAGAAAGUGGCUCUGCAGAAAGCUCUGUUAUAUUAUGAAAGCAUUCAUGGACGGCCGGUAACCAAGAAUGAACGCCAGGUUAUGAAGCCACUGUAUGACCGGUACCGGCUAGUCAAGCAGAUCCUGUCCCGAGCCAGCACCAUCCCCAUCCUCGGUUCCCCCUCCAGCAAGCGGAGAAGCCCUUUGCUGCAGCCAAUUAUCGAGGGUGAAACUGCUUCCUUCUUCAAGGAGAUAAAGGAAGAAGAGGAGGGUUCAGAAGAGGAUAGCAACCCAAAGCCGGACUUCACAGUCACUCUGAAAACUGAUUUCAGUGCACGUUGCUUUCUGGACCAAUUUGAAGAUGAUACUGAUGGGUUUAUUUCCCCAGUGGAUGAUAAAAUACCAUUGAAAUGCAGCCAAGACACCGAGCUUUCAAACCUCCAUGCUGCCUCAAUACCAGAACUAUUGGAACAUCUUCAGGAAAUGAGAGAAGAAAAGAAAAGGAUUCGAAAGAAACUGCGUGAUUUUGAAGACAAUUUUUUCAGACAAAAUGGAAGGAAUGUCCAAAAGGAAGACCGCACUCCUAUGGCCGAAGAAUACAACGAAUACAAGCACAUAAAAGCAAAACUAAGACUUUUGGAGGUGCUCAUUAGCAAGAGAGACACUGAUUCCAAGUCCAUGUAAGGAGACAGCCUCAGCCCAAGCACAGGGGGCUGGGGAUGCAGAGGGAAUUGCCACCUGCCUCCCCAGUGAAUAACAGCUCUUCAGAAACUGGGAGGCAGCCUUGGAGCUGGACCUACAGAGCAUAUAGCCCUUCUGCCUCCAGGCCAUUGGGAGGGCUCCAGUUUGCACGGCCUGCCUUAGAUAGUGCCUAGACGGAAGAAGGCACAUUGCCCUGAUAUAGGCAUUUUGGAAGGGAAAGUCGAUUCCUGCAGGCACACACAGGCACCAUAGUGGAAGCUUUCUAACAUUAGCAGAGAUGAAUCACUACAUUGACACUCUCAUCUACAGAGAAUAUACACUGUUCUGCCCUGGAUAACUGAGAAACAUGAGACCAUUCUCUGUCUAACUGUGAUUAAAAACAAGCUCAGGACAUCACUCUGUAGAACAAACUUGCUGCGCAGGCCCCUGUUCUCUUCGGACCCAGUCAGGGGGAACCUGCACUGGAGCCCUAUUUGCUGCCUCCGCCACUCUUGUGACCUUCCCACGGGGCCACACCAUUCCCCACUUGUGUGAAUUGUUCCCCAUCAGUUCUCAGGUAGAUGGAGGUGGCAUCUGGCCCAAACGACAAAGCAAUCAUCUAUCUGAUGGUGUGUUUCUUCAAGACUCCCUCAGCUGACAGAUCUACUCUCUGCCUAGGACUGGAUCCCCUCUUGAGGACAGAAGGAAUAGAGCAGUAGCUCUGUUAAUGCUGAUUUUUAAAUCAGCCACAGGGUGAAGAGCCUGGAAAAUUCUUUCCUGAGCACUUGACUACACUACCAUUUCCGAUUUUAGCAUCAAACACUGAACAAGGCCCAUACGCCACAGCACCUGUGUGGGGCUUGGUUCCGUUUUGGCUCUAGCCAAACAAAAAGUGUCUUGCUUAAUUCUCAGCUUAAGUGUACAGGAUCAUGAAAGAGAGAAAAAGGGCCUGUGUUCUAAGCCUUCUGAGUACUUAGCAGAGUUUUUUUUAAACUAACCUGCACUAAAACCCCCCCUAACUGGGGGGGUAAAUGUAGCCCUCAAAGCUCAGCCCGAGGCAGAAUCUAAGUCACACUAUUUUCAAGAUCAUGUAUAAAAAGAAAAAAAUAAUGAUUUGUGACCAAUUACGAUUACAGUUUUAUCCCAAGACUGUGUCACAGAGCUGUCUGUAGUUGACAUCUGGGAGGGGCCAGGGCAUGGAAGAUGCCAGUCAGUCAGCUCAUCACUGUGCUGGCGUCACUUUGGGUUGAUUGGUACUCUUUAAUCUGUCUCCACUGAGGAAAGCAGAUCUGGUUCUGCCUGUCCACCCCAGGCCGCCUCCGUGCUUUGUGAGGUCGAGGGUAUGUGUCUGCACACCAGCCACUUUGGUUGCCAAGAGAAGGUGUUUCAGCAGGCCCCGCCUUUUAAAGAUAGAGUUGCAGGAUAAGCAGACGAGAUGCCCUCCUAUAGGUUUUGAGAGUUGCCUUCUUAAAGGUACCAUUUGGGGUUUAUUUUUUAAUAAGAGUAAGAAUGUAAAACUCUACUGACUAGUUGUCAGUUUCAAACUGGAUUCUUGAGACACUGUCUGGUCGGGUAGGAUCUGUAGCAGCAUUUCCCAUUCCUGAAGCGAGGUAGCAGCUCUCUGUCAGUUGAAAGUGGUUUAAGUUGGAAUUUGGAAAAAAAGAAUACUUUUAAGUUUGCUUUUAAAAAUAAUCAUAGAAGCAUGAGCUAUGUGUUGGAAGUGCCCUGGUAUAAUCCACACACUUAAAGAUGGUACAUAAUCCUACAAAUGUAAAUGUACAUGAGAGUAUAGUUUGGUAUUCUUUGUUCUACUGUUUACAUUGCAGAUCGUUAUCAUUUCAAGGAGCUAUAUUAUAAAUAAAAUUAUGCACUUUA